UCAACGGAAGGUUCAAGGAAGCUGAGAGAGUGAUUGUACCUUCCGGAUGACGAUGUCAAAGCUUCCGAGCUGUUCAUCAACUACAUUUACCGGGAUCGACUGCCUCAAUAUCUCCUCUCCAGCUCAAAGGCAGAAGAAAUGCAUCCACGCUUUGAGAUGACCCACCUCCAUCCACUGUUUUUUCUUGCCGAAAAAUACAGCAUAAAUGAGCUUAAAAAUAAAGUAAUGGAUGCAAUACAAGACUUUGGAGCCCAACACCGUAUACUCCCUGGUCCAAAGAACAUUACACGGAUCUACACCAACACACACGAGGGAAGCACCCCCGGACUCUACAGCGUCCUCACGCGCUCAAGUGUGAGAGCACUCAGCGACGGCGAAUCUGAGGCGCAGAAACUUGCUUAUCUCGCCAGUACUACUCCCGAUUUUUUGGGUGAUUACCUUGAAGCUCAAUUUAAGUACAGUGCUCGUUUCCGUCCCGAGGGCGUUGUUGACCCUAGAUUACGUGGCGAGAAAGGUGGAUUUGUGAGAUGCUUUUUCCAUACCCAUGCUAAAGGAGAGGUCUGUAACCUUGAGGGAGUUGGUUCUGGAACGAAAUAGUAGGCGGAGAAAGGGAGGAUAUCAGCACAUGAUUGUUUCUUGGCUUGAGGAUAGAUUUCGUUUUCACAAUCACAUUUCUGCAGUGAGAGGAUUCUUCUGACCGUUGACGGAACAUGGCCUGAUAGGUGAAAAGUAAUUUGGGGAUUAGAUCUUGCUGGUAGAUAAUCAAAUGCGC